AUGGCUGAUCCCCGCGUUGAAGAAAUCCACGAUGACGAGGUCUCCAAGACCGUCGAGGAGAGCUCCUCUGAGUCUGGCUCCGAGGCUGGCGAUGAGCCCAACAUUCCCGCCGGUGCCUCCGUCGCUGUCCACUCCCGUGGUGAGAAGAAGGCCCGCAAGGCCAUUGGCAAGCUCGGCUUGAAGCUCGUCCCUGGCAUCACCCGUGUCACUCUCCGCCGCCCCAAGAACAUCCUCUUCGUUGUCAACCAGCCCGAGGUUUACCGUUCCCCCAACAGCAACUGCUGGAUCAUCUUCGGUGAGGCCAAGAUUGAGGACCUGAACUCUCAGGCCCAGGCUUCCGCCGCUCAGCAGCUCGCUGCCUCCGAGGCCGCUGGCGACCACGCCGGUCACGACCACGAGGAGAUUCUCGGCAAGGCCAAGGCCCCCGAGACCGAGGAUAAGAAGGAGGAUGAGGAGGAUGAUGGUGAGGAGGUUGAUGAGUCCAACCUUGAGUCCAAGGAUAUCGAGCUCGUCAUGGCACAAGCAAACGUCUCCCGCAAGAAGGCCGUCAAGGCUCUCCGGGAGAACGACAACGAUAUCGUUAACUCCAUCAUGGCCCUCAGCAUAUAA